GUCUCCCACAGGAGCCAUGGAUGCUGUGGAACUUGCCAGAAGGCUGCAAGAGGAGGCCACGUGUUCCAUCUGCCUGGACUACUUCACGGACCCCGUGAUGACCACCUGCGGCCACAACUUCUGCCGAGAGUGCAUCCGGCUGAGCUGGGAGAAGGCAAGAGGCAAGAAGGGGAGGCGGCGGCAGAAGGAUGCGUUCCCCUGUCCUGAGUGCAGGGAGUUGUUCCCACAGAGGAACCUGCGGCCCAACCGCCUGCUCACCAAGGUGGCAGAGAUGGCGCGGCAGCAUCCCAGCCUGCAGAAGAGCGACCUGUGCAGGGAGCACCAGGAGCCCCUCAAGCUCUUCUGCCAGGAGGACCAGAGCCCCAUCUGUGUGGUCUGCCGGGAGUCCAGGGAGCACCGGCUACACAGUGUCCUGCCUGUGGAGGAGGCCGUACAGGGGUACAAGCUGAAGCUGGAGGACGACAUGGCUCUCCUCCGGGAGGAGAUGACGAGAACAGAGGUGCUGCAGGCCAGGGAGGAGCAGAGCCUGGCCGAGUGGCAGGACAAGGUACAGAAGCGGAGAGAGCGCAUUGUAGUGGAGUUUGAGAAGACGACCCUCUUCCUGAUGGAGGAAGAACAGAGGCUCCUCCAGGCCCUGAAGGAGGAAGAGAAGGAGACGACCACUCAGCUUCAGGAAAGUAAGGCUUCAAUGGAGCAGCAGAGCCAUGCACUGAAGAGGCUGCUGUUGCAGCUGGAGGACCAGAGCCAGCAGGAGCCCCUACACAUGCUGCAGGACAUGAAGGACUCCCUGGGCAGGAAGAACAGCCUUCGUGUGCAACACCCAGAGGCCACCCCUCCCACAGAACUCAGGACGGUGUGCAGGGUGCCUGGGCAGAUAGAGGUACUCAAAGGCUUUCAAGAGGACGUGGUACCUGACCCCAACUCCGCAUACCCCUACCUACUGCUGUACGACAGCCGCCAGAGGCACUACCUCAGUUCCCCACCGGAGGACAGCGCAUUCCAUAACAAGGACAGAUUUGUGGCCUACCCCUGUGCUGUGGGCCAAACAACCUUCUCCUCAGGGAGGCACUACUGGGAGGUGGGCAUGAACCUCACUGGGGAUGCACUAUGGGCCCUGGGUGUGUGCAGGGACACUGUGAGCCGGAAGGACCGCGUCCCCAAGUCCCCUGAAAAUGGCUUCUGGGUGGUACAACUGUCCAAGGGAACCAAGUACCUGCCUGUGAUGUCUGUCCCCACCCCAGUCACACUGACUGAGCCGCCCAGCCAUGUGGGCAUCUUCCUGGAUUUUGAGGCAGGCGAGGUAUCCUUCUACAGUGUAAACGAUGGGUCUCACCUGCACACCUACUCCCAGGCCACCUUCCUGGGCCCCCUGCAGCCUUUCUUCUGCCUGGGGGCUCCCAAGUCAGGCCAGAUGGUCACCUCCACAGUAACCAUGUGGGUGAAGGGAUAG